GCCGCCCUCCGCCCGCUAUGCAGCCGCUUCUUCGCCCAGGUCAGCGCCGCCAAGAAGGCCAAGGCGUCGGGGGAUGAGGCGGGCGAGGCCUCGCCACUGAGCCCGGAGCAGCUGGAGCGGAUCCGGAGGAACAAGGAGGCGGCGUUGCAGCGGCUGGCUGAGCGCAGCGUGCCCCCGGGCUUCGGGGAGAGCUGGCGGCGGCAGCUGGGCGAGGAGUUUUCGAAGCCCUACUUCAUGGAGCUGAUGGCAUUUGUAGCAGAAGAGAGGAAGCGCUACACGGUCUAUCCACCCCCUGACAAAGUCUUCACCUGGACACAGAUGUGUGACAUCAGGGAUGUAAAGGUUGUCAUUUUGGGACAAGAUCCAUAUCAUGGACCUAAUCAAGCUCACGGGCUUUGUUUCAGUGUCCAGAAGCCUGUUCCGCCUCCCCCCAGUUUAGAAAAUAUUUACAAAGAACUGUCUACAGAUAUUGAGGACUUUGCUCAUCCUGGUCAUGGUGAUCUAACUGGCUGGGCCAAACAAGGAGUGCUCCUACUCAACGCUGUCCUCACGGUUCGAGCUCACCAGGCCACUUCCCACAAGGAGCGAGGCUGGGAGCAGUUCACGGACGUGGUGGUGUCCUGGCUCAACAAGAACUUGCAUGGGGUUGUCUUCAUGCUGUGGGGAGCCUAUGCCCAGAAGAAAGGCAGCUCCAUUGACAGGAAACGCCACCACGUCCUGCAGACGGUUCAUCCCUCGCCUCUCUCUGUCAACAGAGGGUUUUUUGGCUGUCGGCAUUUCUCGAAGACGAAUGAAUUGCUCAAGAAAUCCGGCAAGAAGCCCAUCGACUGGCGAGCGCUCUGAGCUCUGUGCAGAAGCUGGUGGGGUCUAAUGGUUGGAAACAGCCCCAGUUUCAGGGGUCGUCUCGUUUCUGAAAAAUUUUUGUUGGCCUGAGAAUUAGUCUUUGGAUGUUGAUCAAGGAACAAAUGACCAAACUUUCAGAGAUGUUACAUUUUUUUUAAAAAAAUGGCUUUUUUUUAAAGAGCAUAUUGGAGUGUUAGAUGGACAAUUCUGCUGUUUGAACAGGUCUCAGCCUAGUUUGAAGCACAGGAAAAUCCCCCACCAGAGUUCUCUAUUCAUUUGUGUUUGUUGUUGUAGUGGGAAUAUAUUUUCAGGCUCUUGUGAGGGGAUGUCACUUCUUACAGGUGAAGCUGUUUACCUUUUGUAAAUACUCUGCUGUGCCUCCCAUUUCUUUGCCUCCUGCUCUGCAAAUCCAGAUUUCUUGUCCAGGGGGUGUGGAGCUGACUCCAAGGUAGAAAGGCAGAUGCUUUUGGUUUUAGCUUUUUGCUACAGAUGACAAGAUUUGUCAGAAAUGUGGCCUCUUGGGACUGCAAAGACCAUACGCUGUCAGAACUGUUACUGGGUGUACCUGUACUCUCAAGAUUUCAGGGUAAAUCCCUCCCAGCAGCCGAGGGGAGACUGCGACCGAGGCUCUGAUCAUGCUCUUGAGUGGUUUUGUUGGCAUUUAGAGAGGCAAACCUUAAAUUUUUAAAUUCCUUCUGUGUGUGUUAAUCACUUAGGUGAGCUGUGAUAACUGAACUUUGUGGUACCUGCCGAUGGCAGCAGGUUUGUUCGUGAAGAUCUGCCAACUGAUGGGCCAACGGUUGCAAAUUAAAGAUCUUUUAAGAUCUUAAACCAGGGAGUUCUGCGCUUUGCGUUCGUAGGAGCAAAUCGAGGUUUCUAGCUGCUGUU